AUGGACUCAAAGGAACAGACAGAUGUCGAGUCGUCGUCUCCUGCGGCCCCUGAUAAACAUGAUGGGCACCUCGUCCUGAUCCCCCAGCCGAGUACCCACCAUCGGGACCCCCUGAAUUGGUCCAGCCAUCGGAAAUAUGUCAUCCUGGCCGUGGCCUGUCUGGCGUCAUUCGCUGGCGCUAUCGCGCCGCUCUCGGGCCAGCUGAACCUCGGCCAGCAGGAGGAGCUCUACCGCAAAACAAAAAUCCAGGAAUCCUAUGCGAACUCCGCCGCCUUGGCCGGCAUGGCCGCAGGGCCAUUCUUUUUUGCGCCCAUCGCUCACAUUCUGGGCCGCAGCUCGGUCAUUUUCUGGUGUAUCCUGUUCACAAUGGUCUGCCAGAUCUGGGGUGCGGUCAUGACUCAUCGGAAUGAUUAUAUCGCAUAUGUGAUGUCGCGACUGUUCGCCGGGUUCUUUGGUGCGGUGCCGACGGUCCUGGGCCCGCGCAUCGUCACCGACUUGUUUUUCCUGCACCAGCGUGGGCGGGCCUUCACGGCACUCCACAUGUCCUUCCUGUUCGGCACGAUUGCGGGCCCGACUUUCUCAGGUUUCAUCUCGGCCGGCGCAUACUUCCCCGUUGAGUUCUGGUGGACGGUCGGCCUGCUGGGCUUCACGCUCAUCUGCUGCGUCGCGUUCCUGGAAGAGACGGGGUUCAAUCGCGAGUCUCUGGACAAGAACCCAGACAUUCCGCGUGGUUUCGUCGCCAAUCGUUUUGCAACAUUUUUCUUUGGACACAGCGUUGUGCAGCCGACUACUUGGAGAGAAACGGUCAGGGUUGGAAUCACGCCUUUCCUCAUCGGAAUCUGCCCGGUCACGAUCAUCAUGGGCAUCUUCACACUGAUCUCCUUCGGAUUUUACGUCGGGGUCAAUGCUCUCACGCCCGUGUUUCUCCAGAAGCCCGUCGCCGCGGGCGGCUACGGUUUCUCGCUGCAGCAAAACGCGGCUUUCACCUUCUCCCACUGGAUCGGUAUCAUCGUCGUGCAGUUCUUCGGCCAUUACCUGAACGACAAAUUCCCGCUGGCGCUUGCGCGCCGCUGGAAUGGCGGUGUCUGGAAACCCGAAUAUAGAUUGCAUGUGCUGUGGCUCCCGAGUCUAGUCAUCAACCCAAUCGGUCUGGGCGUCUUCGGCGCUGCCAUGCAGUACCACCUGCACUAUAUGGUGCUGGCACUGGGUGUGUUCCUCGUCACCAUCGGCUCGCUCUCUAGUGUGCCCGUCACGGUCAACUAUGUCGUCGAGAGCUUCACCAAAUAUCCCGCCGAAGCUGGUAUUGUCAUUGGCGCGUACCGCAUUGUUUAUGGUCUCACCAUCACAUUCUAUAUCAACCCGUGGGUCGCGGCGGUUGGUGUUGGCUGGGUGUAUGGCAUGAUGGCUUUCUUUGCCGUUUUCUCAUUCUUCUUCGUCAUGCUUCUUAUGUGGAAGGGGCAUGCGAUUCGCGGGAUCCAGUUUGCCCAUCUUGCGUCUAGUGAGGAGGGUAAGAAGGUCCUGGAUGAUUAA